AUUGCUGUAUCGUAACACAAUGGAAAAGAAAAGGAUAUCAGCUAUAUUAUUUGACUUGGACAAUACGCUCAUUGACACGGCAGGUGCGGGUCGAAUUGCGAUUCAAAAGGUUUCUGAGUCGUUGAGGACCACACUUGGCCCACAAUGCAACGUCAGCGACAUCUGUGAUCGCUUCACCCGGAAACUUCUCCACGAGUCAUUCGAUCCAUCUGCGGACAGGACGAUCGAUGAUGUGCGUACAGGCCACUGGCAAGAGGCCAUACAGGAGGUCCAAGGUUCAGAUCCAGGACAUGCUCUGGCAUCAGACUGCUAUUACACCUGGAAACACACCCGCCUACAGCAUCUGGCUCUCACGCCACAGGUUCAAACCCUGCUGGAGGAACUAAAGAAAAAUUACAAACUGUUGUUACUAACCAAUGGAGAGGCUAAGACACAGAGAGAGAAGAUCGAGGCUGUAGAAUGCAGUGCAUUUUUUGACAUCAUGGUCGUUGGCGGCGAGCAUGCCGAAGAGAAACCGGCUGUGGCCAUUUUCUCACACUGCUUCGAGUUGUUGGGAGUCAAGCCACAGGACUGUGUGAUGGUCGGGGAUUCACUAAGCACAGAUAUAGUAGGUGGCUUCAACGCCAGGGUCCGUGCCACUGUAUGGAUCAACAGCAAAGGAGUACCUCUUCCAGAAGAUUCUGUCAAACCAGACUAUACAGUUCCAUCAGUGCUGGACUUACCUGGUAUAUUAGCCCAACUGGAUUGACGUUUGCAAUAGACAAUGGGAAUUGCUUACAAAAAUCAGAGAGAAAUGGAAUUAUUGAUUUAUAACAAAUCAGACAGAGAUGGAGUUGUUGAUUUAUUUUCAAACACUGUUUCUGGGUGCCAUAGAGAUUACAUUUUGUGAUGUCAGACAUUGUUGUUGUGGUCUUUUCUAACAUAAGUUUGGUAAAACUUUUCA